AGCUGGCCCUGUCCAUCACUGCAGCCACGUCUGAGAAUUCCUGAUUAUAGUUAGAUCCCAUACACGCCGCAGCAGAGACGGUCAUUAACUGAGGCACUUUGUAACAAACCAUGGUUUAAAAUGAAACUGGCAGGGAACUCAGUGCACUUUGCCUAAAGGAGCGUUGUAUGAUUCUGGAUUAACCAUGAAAGACUUAAUGAACAUUCCACUCGUACAUAUCUUCACCCUGGCGGCCUUCAGUUUAGCUGAAAAACUUCCAAAAGCUCCCCUUAUCAACACUCCUCUGGAAACUGUGGACGCAUUAGUAGAAGAGGUUGCUAAAUUCAUGUGUGUAGUGGACUCCUACCCCGAGCCAGAGAUUACCUGGACACGUAACAACAUUCCCAUCAGGCUGUUUGAUACACGAUACAGCAUACAAGAAAAUGGGCAGCUUCUGACCAUUCGCAGCGUAGAGGACAGCGAUGAUGGAGUAUACUGCUGCUCAGCUGACAAUGGAGUUGGAGUGCCUGCAAGAAGCUGUGGGGCUUUACAGGUGAAAAUGAAACCUAAAAUAACUCGUCUUCCAGUAAAUGUAAAAAUAAUAGAAGGAUUAAAGGCUGUUCUUCCUUGCACUACAAUGGGGAAUCCCAAACCUUCUGUCUCUUGGAUCAAGGGAGAAACUGUUCUAAAGGAAAAUGCUCGGAUUGCUGUUCUGGAAUCAGGGAGUCUAAGGAUCCAUAAUGUUCAAAGAGAAGAUGCAGGACAUUAUCGCUGUGUAGCAAAGAACAGCCUGGGUGCAGCUUACUCGAAACCGGUCACAAUGGAUGUGGAAGUUUUUGCCAGAAUCCUGAAGGCUCCUGAAUCCCACAAUGUCACCUUUGGGUCUGUGGUGACUCUGCGGUGCACGGCAACUGGCAUUCCCGUUCCCACUAUCACAUGGCUUGAAAAUGGAAAAGCUGUUUCUGCAGGAUCUAUAGUCGAAAGUGUGAAAGACAGAGUGAUCGACUCCCGACUGCAAGCGUACGUCACCAGGCCGGGCUUGUUCACAUGCAUUGCCACCAACAAACACAGCAAAACCUUUGGUACUGCAAAAGCUGCAGCGACUAUCACUGUGUCAGAAUGGAGCAAACUGUACAAGGGUGAUACAGGCUACUGCAGCACGUACAGAGGUGAGGUGUGUAGUGCUAUCUUGGUGAAGGAUGCUCUUGUUUUCUUCAACUCCUCCUAUGCUGACCCAGAGGAGACCCAAGAGCUGCUUGUUCACACUGCCUGGACUGAACUGAAAACGGUGAGUUCAUUCUGCCACCCGGCUGCUGAGUCUCUGCUGUGUAACUACAUCUUCCAGGAGUGCAAUCCCUCAGGAGUUGGACCGGCUCCAAAGCCCGUGUGCAGAGAGCAUUGCCUUGCGGUAAAGGAUCUCUACUGCUUUAAGGAAUGGCUCUCAAUGGAGGAGAACUCCCAGAAAGGGAUUUACAAACCAGGAUUAAUGCUGCUCGCUCUACCUGAAUGCAACAGACUUCCCAGCCUGCACCAGGACCCCAAGGCCUGCACCAGGAUUCCAUAUUUCGAUUUUGAGACAGAAAAUACAACCACAACUUGCUACAAAGGAAAUGGCAGGUUCUACCAGGGUUCUGUCAAUGUCACCACCUCGGGCAUUCCUUGCCAGAAGUGGAGUGAACAGGUACCCCAUUUGCACAGAAGGACCCCUCAGGUUUUCCCAGAGCUGUCAAACGCAGAGAACUCUUGCCGUAAUCCAGGAGGGGAAAACGAACGUCCCUGGUGUUACACAAAGGACCAUUCUGUAAACUGGGAAUACUGCAGUGUGCCUCUUUGUGGAGAGGUGUCCAUACCAGGAACAAAAAAACCAAGUGUAGAGACUCCCAAUCUCCCUUCUUCUUUCUCCCCUACCUACUCCAUGACUGUCAUCAUUUCCAUCAUCUCCAGCUUUGCAUUGAUAGUGAUUCUCAUUAUCAUUGCUCUUGUUUGCUGCCGAAGGCGAAAACAAUGGAAAAACAAAAAGAGGGAGUCACAAGCACCAGCGCUAACCACUCUUCCCUCAGAGCUCCUACUGGACAGACUUCAUCCUAACCCCAUGUAUCAGCGCAUACCCCUUCUCCUGAAUCCUAAAUUACUCACCCUGGAAUAUCCAAGAAACAAUAUUGAAUACGUGAGAGAUAUUGGAGAAGGAGCGUUUGGAAGGGUCUUUCAAGCAAGGGCUCCUGGAUUGCUUCCUUCUGAGCCAUUCACAAUGGUGGCAGUGAAAAUGCUAAAGGAAGAAGCUUCAGCAGACAUGCAGGCUGAUUUCCAGAGGGAGGCGGCUCUCAUGGCAGAAUUUGAUCACCCAAAUAUCGUCAAACUGUUAGGGGUGUGUGCUGUUGGGAAACCCAUGUGUCUGCUGUUUGAAUACAUGGCUUACGGGGAUCUCAAUGAGUACCUGCGCACUCGCUCACCGCACAACCUCUGCAGCCUGAGCCACAGUAACCUUGACGCCAGGAUCAGGCUCUCCAAUCCCAACCCCCUCGCUCUGUGCUGCACCAAUCAGCUCGGCAUUGCCAAGCAGGUGGCUGCGGGCAUGGCGUACCUCUCAGAGCGCAAGUUUGUGCAUCGGGAUUUGGCGACCAGGAAUUGUUUGGUGGGCGAGAACAGGGUGGUAAAAAUCGCUGACUUUGGCCUCUCCAGGAAUAUCUAUUCAGCAGAUUAUUACAAAGCCAAUGAAAACGAUGCCAUUCCCAUACGCUGGAUGCCCCCCGAAUCCAUAUUCUACAACCGCUACACCACCGAGUCUGACGUGUGGGCCUACGGCGUGGUCCUGUGGGAGAUUUUCUCCUAUGGCAUGCAACCCUAUUACGGGAUGGCUCACGAGGAGGUGAUUUACUACGUGAGAGAUGGCAACGUCCUCUCUUGCCCUGACGACUGCCCUUUGGAGCUCUACAACCUGAUGCGCCUUUGCUGGAGCAAGCUGCCUUCUGACAGGCCCAGUUUCGCCAGCAUCCAUCGCAUCCUGGAGCGUAUAUACGAGAGAGCAGUGGCUGCUAUCCAUGUCUGAGGUGCGUACUGCAGCAUGACAUUUCAUCCUCAUCCCAUGCCGCUGGCCCACUCCUCAGUCACAACUUCCCAGCUGAACCCAAGGGGAGUUUUCUGAGUGAGGGCUGCAGGCUCGAGACCAGUAUGUUUAAUCUGCUAAGCCGAAAAGGUAAAGGGGAGAGACUGUACAUGCCAGAUGGGACUUUGGGAGUGGUGGCCACAUUAGAGGAGGCCAGUUUUGCUGAGAACAGAAGCAUCUUGUUCAUCAAUCAAGGCGCAAGUUCUCAUUUUGUCUUUAUAAACAGGAUUUAGCUUCUGAACUAGUGAACUAAUUUGCAGUAGAGUCAAGGCCUAGACUCCCUUGAAAACCAGUGAGUCCAGUCCUUAUUGCUGCAAAUUAGUUCAAUAGUUACCGUUUAUGAUUUCUAAGGAACAAACAAAACACUCCCCUCAAAGCAAAACUUUCUGUUGACUUUAAUUUCCCUGCCUUCCCAUUCUCUCGUGUUUAGCUUUUCCCUCUUUUCCUCUUCCCUUUCUGCUUUCAAAUCUCAUUUUUUAAAAUCUCCCUUUUUUGGUUUCCUUUAAAUAUUUUUGUACAUAUUCACCCCCUUUAAAAAAAAUCAUAUUCUUUAUCCCAUUUGUUUUUCUCUCUUUAAUUUCCUUCUUCUCUCUCUCACACUCUAAGAUUUGCCGCACAAGAUCAGACCAUUAGCCUGUCACAUCCUGCACCGAGCAAUGGCCAAUGCAUGAUGCUACACAGGAAGGUAAACUCCCAUAAUGGGCACUGACCGCUGCCACUGAAGUCAAUGAGAGUUUGCCUGAGUAAAGCUGAACAUAAAAAGUGAGGGCCAGAUUGGGCCUGCUGCUCCAUGGAUGUGUGAGGCAGGGUGAGGAAGGGUAUAAAUCUCUGUGCCUGCACAGCACAACACCACUGCAGUUCCUGGAGCACAGGGACUGCUCCCCCGCCCCCGUACCUCUUAGAUAAGAAACCCCUCAAGACGAGGUAGGGUCCCUCCCCUACCACUAUGCACUGGCUGUGGGAGCAGGCCAGACACAGAGAGUAGGCUGCCUCCCCUGAAGGGAUCCAGCAGUGGGAGCACUCCUCCUGCAUGUGGGUUGCUUUGGGAAGAGUGCUGCAUCUCCAAGGUGGAAUUCCUCUUUGUGUUCCAGGUAAGGCAAAAUGGGUCUACGUAGCCUCCAACAAAGGGCUCAUAAAGGACUCAUAGGCUCAAGUGAGCCCUCAGUAAGGACUUUAGUAUUUGGCCCUUCAAAAUUUUGCCUCACAUAAAAUUUAUCCAAUGAUGAACACUUGAACUGAGGAACAAAAUGAACCCUUUAGCAGACUGAGCUAUCUCAGCAAAGGAAAGCGUUUAAAAAUGAACUUCCAAGUUGUUUCAUCGUAUUGUCUGCCAAGGGCAAUUUGAAUGAUAGCUCAAACAGAACAAUAGUUAAACUCGGGAGUGGAGGAUGGAAAUUUUCUUUUCACUCUUUGUCCCAGUGGGCCCUGUUAAGCCCUUAUGAAAUACUCUUCAGUUUUGUUAUGUGCACAAGUAAUGCUGAAAUAUUAUUCUGAUGAUGUUACAAUCUUUGUCAAUGCAUACUGGAUGGUUGUAGAAUUAGUGUUAACCUUGGAGUUAUAAACUCAUCCUGAGUCACACUUUUAUACACUUCAAUAGGAGCUCAUGAGUUCUACAUGCAGAAAAAGUGCAGGAUUAGGUUCUAAACCUGUUCCCAGUAAGAUAUUUCCUAAUUUUACAUUCAGAUUAAAAACUGUACUUAUACACUAGAGGUGCUCACCUUACGUUUUUAAAUGCCUUGGAUCAAAAAUGAUGGUGUUCAAAUCUAAUCUCCAAGAAUGGGCGGGGGGUGGGGGUGGGAGGAUUUUCACAAGCACUCAGUUUUUUGCCUGAUUCUGCUCCUGUUGAUGUCAAUGGUGCAAUUCUCAUUGAUCACAAUGACAGCAGUUAGGCAAAUGCUGAGCGCUUGUGGAAAAAACGUAACACCCCAGAUUCAUAGGCCUUGUGCAUAGAGGUGAAUUUCACCCUUAGUGGAAGCAGCUAUAGAGCAAGGGUGUCAUCCUGUGGAGAGGGAUACAUUCAAUUUUAAAUUAUGGUUCAAGGGCUGGGGUGUAAGUUUAGGCCUAAAUACUCUCCUCAAACCGCAGCACAACUCCCACCAACUUCUUAGAUUGCACCAAGAUCAAGGGUAAUAUGUGGCAAUGUAGUAACUAAACUCUUAUCAUUCAUUACUGGUUCAGAGUCUUCUCGUCACAUCCAGCAUCACUCUGUAAGAAAAUCCCCUCUCCUUUAGCAAUGCCACUGUUUCCUCAUCCCCGUCUGUUUUCCCUCCCUCUUCUCAGUCUAUAAUUCGUCUCUAUUUUUCCUUCUCUGCUGCAGAUCCCAGUUCCCAUAUGUUGGCCUCACUCCCAACCCUUUUGAUGUUCCUUGUGCUAAAAUUAUCAGCAAGGAAAUAGUUAGUGCUGAUAUGCAGAGUGUCACUAGGAGACAGCAGAUGAAUUGGGGUGCCAGGGAGUUCACACCUUUGGCAGCUAUUGUUUCAGGCUGUCUGCACACUCAGGAAGACAACACUGCAUCAGUUAUUUGCGGUUCAGAUCUGGCCUGCAGACAUCUCUGACCUAAGCUAUGGCUACACUAGAGAGUUUACAGCAGUGGAGCUGCACCGAUGCAGCUGCACCACUGUAAGCUCUUUAAUGUAGCCGCCCUAAGCCAGCGGGAGAACCCUCUCCCGUCAGCUUAACAACUCCAGCCCCGCAAGUGGCAGUAGCUGUGUUGUCAGGAGAAGCUCUCCCACAGACAUAAGCGUGGGUGUGGGCAGCAUUUAGUCGGUGUAACUUACGUCGCUCAUGGGGGUGACUUUCACACCCCUGAGCGACAUACGUUAUAGCACAGUAAGUGCUAGCAUAGACAUAGCCCUAGAGUUUCUUCUCUGGUAAAAAGUAUGAGUACAACCCCUGCAGGUGGUGUUUUUCCUGAGGAAAAUUUAAUAUUUUCAGAACCAGUUUUUAUCUCUUGGUUCCCAGAGAAGAUAGAGAGGAAAAUUAUCCAGUUUAGAAUCCAGGAUCCCAUAGUUGUAUCUAAUAUGUAAUCAGGAAGUGACAUAUUGUUCAUCCCAGCAAAAUGGAAGCUCUAGAGUAGUAAUUAAUGGGCCAUCGUGACUUCUGUGUUUUGUCAAGCUGUUUGCUUUCAUCUAGGAGUCACCACAGAAGUCAGGCCAUUAAGGGGUCUCAAAAGUGGGAUUUAUUAGUUGGAAAAUAACCAGCAAUAAAGCCAGCAAUAAGGAAAGCAAUGCAGAAAAGCAAUGCAGUGCUCUAGGUUUUUAUAAACUGCAGUUUCAGCUCUGCUUCAUGACGUAGUCACAUGUUUUCUUACAUAACCAUCAUUCAAAACAUUUUGGUUACAGCCACAAGAGCAUGGCUUAGUGUUUAUAAACCACGGCUGCUUAUUUCACCCAACCUAGGAGCUCGCCAUUACCAGAAACAGUGCAAAGAAAUAAGCUGCUUCCUCUGGCCAUAGUAGGGAGCUGCAGUCCCUGCUAUGGGAUGUUGUGAUAAGAGUGCGAGGGCACAUGUAAAUUGUACACAGUUACCCACACUGCAGUGUGUAUGGCCCAGAAGUCUCACAGCCACCCUGUUGACCGAGAACUGCUUACAUAGGUCAGGACACUGAUAUAAUAUCAAGAACCGCUGCUCCAGUAGAAGAAUGAUCUCCGCUACUUACAUGGUCUUCAUUACUGUAGUAUUUGAGGCUAGAGAAGUGCUAUAAUCCUAUUUUAGAGUAGAGUAACUGAGGCACAGACUCCACAAAGAGACUAAGUGACUUGCUCCAAGUUACACAGGAUGUCUGCUGCAGAGCAGGGACUAGUGCCGAGGUCUGCCGAGACCCAGGCUGGUACCCCGCCCGCUGGACCAUCCUUCCUGCUCUAAAAAGGAAGGACAGUCUUGUGGUGAAGGCACUGGACAGGGACUCAGGUAAUCUAAUUUCAGUCCCUGGCUCUGUCAUACUCUUCCUGCGUGACAGUCAGUAUCCUCUCUUCUAAGUAAAUACCUCUGUGAAACAAGCACCUCUAUCUCUCCCAGGUACCACUCCUCCCUAAAGGUCUCAAGAGCGGAUUUAGAUUUACAGAGCGGCUGUACUCUAAACAAAUAAAUACAUUUAAAAUUUGAGAGAUUGAACCUGCAUUUUCUCUUUCUAUGAUUCCAGUGCUGGCUUCAGCUGAUCACCCCUCCUCCUUUCCCCUCACCUGGCAUAGGAAGUCCUGAAACCCUGACUGCCGUUUCCAUGUGGCUUUCAUGAUAUUUCCAGCCCGCCCAGUUAAAAGCUCAUAAUCUCACAUGCUAUAAUCUUUCCUCACUCCGCAACUGAAAAAGCGGAUUCUCAUUGGAAUACUACCCCUUCUUGUUGCACUUUCCUAACCAAGUCCUUCGCUCAGUGACACCGUUUCAGCCCCAUUAAGGUCAAUAGGGAUGUACCGGUGCAAACAAGAGGAGAAUUUGGUUGUCCUUGUCCAGCAUUCCAGCCUUUGCAAUAUAAGAGUGAACCUGAAAUCUAUGGUAGUUAGCAAUUGUUCUUUUAAAUGCAACAAAGAAUAUUUCCACCCUUUUGCUAGGAAAAGAUUUUUUUUCCCCCUCCCAUGCAAAAACUUCCCAUGAUAUGGGUAGAACUCACCCUUGUGUUGAGGACCACCAGCACCUAGGUUAUUUAAAUGAUUCCCUAUUUUGGGGAUGUAAGUGGUGCCCAGACCUAGUGCUGGUGCUGUGCAUGUGAGUGAAUUUUAUCCUGAGGAUUCCUGCCUGUUGUAUAUUUUUCAGCUUGCUGUACAGAAAUUGCAUUAUUUCAGUUUUUUUCCUUUGUUUGAGAUUUCAGCUUUGUUACCGUAUGUUUGCUACUAAGAGGAAUAUACAGUUUUCUGUUAACAAUUUACUUAUUAAACUCAAAUUGUUUUUAAUGUGGGUUGAAGGGGGAGUGGUCUCUUGUUUAAAACAAAUUGAAAGCAAUUUUUUUUGUUUUGCUGUUUCUUGUUUGGAUUUAAGUGUUCACGAAGAGGAUAGUACAAUUUCAAGUAGAUUUGAUUUCACAUCAUGUUUGACAAAAACAUUCAUAGCAUAUAUGAAGCUUUACCACGGAGGACAUAUAGUGUGAAGUGACAAACCAGAAAAUCCAAGAGAUACAGAAAUCCACCUAUUCAUAUUUUUAUAGAUUUUAAACAAAAAUUAAAUACAUUUUGCAUGCUCGGUUUCAUACUUUUUAAUGGUCUUUUGUCAGCAACAUGAUGCAAUCUUGGCCAAGAAGAAGUGCCUCAGACGUAUCAUGGACUAAACCUGAUAGAAAGAAUCUGAUUUAGAUUAACCAAACAGGCUAUAGACACAUGUUCUGGUUUUAUAAUCUCCUGUAAUUAUCUGUAUAUUUCACAGCAAAUUUUGCACACUGGUACAGCCUGUGUAAUUCUGGUGUGUAGUGUUUUAUAAAAUAAAGGUAUAUCAUGG